UGUUGAUGUGCUAAUUACCACUCAUUUACAGAGCUAUGACGUUAAUUGCAAGCGUGGUCAUUCAGGGACGCACAGAGCGCGUCGCGUUUAUUAGUUACCUAUUUAAAUGUUCUAAAAUUUAGAUCAGGUAACUAUGCGGUGUAGAACUUGACUUUUAUAUAUCAUUUUAUAACUCAUACCUCAUACCUCAUACCUAAUGCCAAAAGACAUUUAGUUCUGUUAAAGUUUUAUAUUAUUCCCGAUACGAUGCCUCCCAAACGCCCUGCAGCUGGCGCUAGCACCUCUAGGAAGAAAGCUAAGACAUCGAGUGAUGAGCCGCCGAAAAGCAAGCGAUGGUCCGCCGUUUCUGGCUCGGCUAAUGCCGAUGCCGACUACAAAACGAUAUGGGAGAAACCCGACAAAUGGUAUUCGUUUGUAACCAUCUGCCCGCCAGUACCGGACGAUGACGAUGACGAAGAUGACGAGGAAGAAGAAGAAGAAGAAGAGGACGAGGACGACACCGAGGAUGAAAGCAGGGAUGGGCCCAGAUGCACCCGAAAAGGUUGUAUAUGCUCCAAACCAGCUGGGGAGAAUCCAGAUCACCCGUGGGUUGUGAGCCGGGCUGGCUAUCGGAAAUAUUCCACUCAGGAAAUCCAUUUCUCAUUGCGUAACCCUGAUUACUUCGAUAUGUACACUUACAACGACCACGUUGGCUACGGAUGCGUUCAGAUUGUGCAGAACUUGGUGUUAGAUUAUGUCGAGGCAGUAGAGCGCGGCUGGAGAGAACAAUGGGCUGUUUGUGAAGGUCUCGGACUUUGGUUACUGAGCUCAGCUAGCGGUAGGAUGAUGAUGAUUGAUGAUGGCGAAUGUGUCGAUCAAACUAUGCGUCUCAUCGGCCGUAUGUUCCUAGAUAUGCUGGCGCAACUCGAUGGCCUGAAUCUGGUUGGCGACGCUACCGACGUCAAAAGCUUAGGCACCAUCAUGGCUAUAUACUUGAAAAUUGCUUCAGAAGUGCGCUCGAUUGGUGGUAUCCUUGAGGAAGACGACGACGACGACAAGGGAGGUCGCAAAACGAAAUUUCAGGCCAACCACUUUGAUGAUGCAAUUCUUUCAUACGCCAAUCAGCGAGGUGUUACAUUACAGGGUCCUGGAGAUAUCGACGAGAUCACUGCGAAUCUCAAGGGAGAAGUAAAGUUACCUAAGAAGGACGCAAAGGAUCCAUGGGGCUUUAAAGCCGCAUUGAAGAUAUAUGAGAAGAAUUACGGCAAAGGGAAGCCCCACGCUAUCGGUGGCGAUGACCUAGAUAUCACAACUUGGACUAGCUCUCAGCGGAAGGAGGCGAAUUUUGACCACAAGGACCCGUUAGGGAAGCGAGAGAUAGACGCGCUCAAAAAGGGGAUGGUGAUGCAACUUGGGUGAUCUCGUCAUAUGAAAUUGAGGAAUUUGUGAAAUACGUGGGUUGGUAAUACAUUGCGGAUGUUGCUAUAAAUUAGUUGGGGCUGCCCUGUCUCUCAUGGGAGCAAUGUAGUAUAUAUUUCAAGUCAUGGUUAAGUUGAUCACAUCAUGUCUUCGUCGAGCGUACAUGCAUGGCAUAGCCUUUGCAAGAGGAUGGCAAAAGAUAUCCCUGAUGCAGGACUAUGUUUGAUGUUGUGACGUUCCGCGUUUCUGUUAACUCCCUGAUGAGCAUUAAAUGCUUAUAAUUAUCUUGCAAAACGAACCCAGUAGCAAAAUGAACAACUCCACGUUGCAUUCU